AGAGAAGCCCAGAGAAGACAUCCAUAUCGUAGAUUUACAGCGACUCACAGGUCAGCAAAGAUGAAGGAAGGCCUUACGAAAUCCGAUUCCCGGAAAUAAGCUACGAUCUGCAGAACAUCUGAUCGAAAUAGUAUGGGACGGCUCACCAACUUCGACUUGCGGCAGACAACGUUCCAUCAGUGUCAAUCAUAUCAAAUUCAAACAACGACCAUGAACGAGGCUGCUCCAAGCCGUGUGUGUGGAAAGCAGGUUUACCUUUCGGUGAAGGGCCACGUAGUAUUUGCUGGUGACCACCGCAGUGGAAAUUCGUGGUGACAUUUUGCCAUGUCAGAGUAAAUUUACACUCUUCGUCAAUUCAAAAGCUUCGUCGGCUCCAUUGUCCUGGGCGCUGGUUGGUGACCACGUCGCCACACCCUUCCAGAUGCCAGGAGAUCCUACUUCAGAACAAGAUAUACCUGGUAGCGUCGGGCAGUGUGCACAGCGGGAGAAAGUGAAGUGGAGUGAAUUUCCGGACGAGAACAGGUCGUACCACACAGCACCUUGGUUAGCGCUUAGGCCUGACCUGCUGGGUUCGGCCAGGUUCCGAAAGCUUGUGCUGUUUGUCAUCGAUGUAUCCAGUUUCCAGACCUGCAGUCUUUCUCUGGGUCGACUGACGAAACUAGUAACCCGUCACAAACGACUAAUUCGAGACGAUAUUUUCCAACUUGAGCUCAGAACUGUCAGAAAACCCUGGCAAGCUUAAGCGAGCAGCAGAUCAGAGAAGAAGCACAUGCGAGCCUGGCCAGUGAAAUUUUGCGCAGCUUUAGUUCUCUCUCAAUCAUUAAAUCUGGCGCGAGACUCAGUCUUCUUUGAUCCUGUUUGAACCCGAGAGUUCGAAUCAAUCCAGCACUUAUGAUUCCCAAACGUAAAUCGUGAUCAAUCUGCACGGGCACUCCACCGCAGCGACAAAAUGUGAUGUACCUUGACAACAGCGCGCAUGGAGCCAUUGGCCGUGGUUGAAAGGCCGAGUCCAGGCAGGGACCGAGUUGCAAUCCACAGCUUAUCAUUAUGAGGUUUACUUGGGUUAUCUCGAUGAAAACGACACAGGGUUUUAUAGUUUACCGAGAGCAUCUGCUGUCAAUUCUUUUCUGUCUGAAGGGGUUCCUGUACCGACGUACUCUUGCUUGGCUUCUCCGAGACACACUGAAAGAAGAGACCUGGGGGCC